CAACAUCGAUAGUUACGUUGUGUUAUCACAGGCAAAGACACUGGAAAAUGUAAAAAUUUGGUGUUGAUAAGACCAAUUCGACAUGCUUCUCAGACGAUUUGUCCAGCAAGAUGUUACCAGAUUAGCCUUUCUGCUGCUGACAGUAUGCCUACUUUGGAAUUGUUGCCAUGGAGAGGAAACUUGCUAUGUCUGCCGCCAUGAGAGAUAUUUCACUUCCUGUGCGCAGAACAAGACAGUGUGUCCCCACGGAGAGGUUUGCUUUACCUCGGAGAGUUUUCAUGGACACGGGGUAUCAGAGUACAGUUCUGGCUGUAUUUCAGAACAGAUUUGCAAUACUAUAAAAAACAUUGACGGACGCACUACACACGCCCCUCUACAGAUUGGACACAUUCUUGGUCGAAAAAAGCGUGCCACUGAAACGUGUUUCCAUUGUUGUACAGCGGAGUCGACGUCAUCUGUACCCUGUAAUGACCAUCCAUGUGCAGCCACCGGAGUAUUAACAAUAACGCCCACUACAACGACGACCACGCCCACUACAACGACCACGCCCACUACAACGACGACCACGCCUACAAUAACGACUACGCCCACUACAACGACCACGCCCACUACAACGACCUCGCCAACAACAACGACCACCUCCAGAACAACGACACCAGUAGCAAGAAAUUCAUGUAACCUAUGUAAUGGGAUGCCAAACUAUGUUUGUGAAGAAUAUUACACUCCUAUGACAUGUGAGGCAGGAGAGCACUUUUGCAUGAACAUUCUUGUCAACCAUAGAGAUGGCAGUCGGACGUUAGACCGAAAAUGCGUUACCGAAGAAAAAUGCAAAAGUGAUUGGUGGUACAACACUUCAGACAGACCAGAAUGUACCUCCUACGACCCUAAUCGUUUUGUCGCACAAUACUUCACUUGUUCGUAUUGCUGUACCGGACCCUUUUGCAAUGGAAAUAUUGUACCCGACUCCAGUACGCUUUAUCGGCCGCAUUAGUUGGAAAAAUAAACCACAGUGCU